AGAAAUCCGUUUUGAGAUGCUUUAAGACAAACGUUAACAUACUAUUACCGAAGCACAAAUAUUCAUUAAGAGCUUUUGGUCGUGUUAACUGUAAAAUAACCGGUUAAGCCUGAGGCUGAUGUUGUUUCGGUCGACUUUUGAUGACGUUGUAUGUAACUUUGCAUUACCGCGCGUAAAUACAAAGCGACAGAUGAACAUCGGACAGUUUAAUUUAAGUGAAUCGAUGAAGACUUUGAUUUAACAUAUCUCUUCAAGGAUGGAAUACGGAAAGGAGAGAGUGGUAGCGUUAGUAGAUAUGGACUGCUUUUACGUGCAGGUGGAACAGCGGCUUAAUCCAGCUCUGAAGAACACGUCCUGUGUUGUGGCCCAGUACAAGACGUGGAAAGGAGGCGGUAUCAUAGCUGUAAGCUACGAGGCCAGGGCCCAAGGGGUCACGAAGAACAUGUGGGUGGACGAUGCAAAGAUAUUGAGCCCAGAUCUGCAGGUGGCUCGUGUGCGUGAGUCUCGUGGCAAGGCUGACUUGACACCUUACAGGGAGGCGAGUGUGGAGGUGAUUGAGGUAAUGUCUCGCUUCGCUGUGAUUGAGAGAGCCAGCAUUGAUGAGGCCUACAUGGAUCUGACGGAUGCGGUUCAGCAGCGGUUGAAAAACAUGACCAACAAACAGGUUGAGCCUGACCAGCUGAGGGCAACAUACAUCCAGGGAUACCCACAAAGUGUACCUGAACAUGAAGAAUCUGUGGAGGAUCCUGCCUUGGAUAAAGAGGAGCAGCGGUCCAGGGGUCUGCAGCAGUGGCUGGCGUCCUUACCUGUCCCUCUGUCAGGGCAACAAAUCCCUGCAGACCUGCUGCUCACUGUUGGGGCUAUCAUUGUCGAGGAAAUGAGGGCAGCCAUAGAGAAAGACACAGGUUUCCGCUGUUCAGCAGGGAUAUCCCACAAUAAGGUACUGUCUAAACUGGCGUGUGGUCUGAACAAACCCAACCGACAAACGGUUCUGCCUCUCGACUCUGUUACAGAGCUUUUCAACUCUCUUCCCAUCGGCAAGAUCCGUAACCUGGGGGGUAAGCUGGGGGUCUCCAUUUCAGAAACUCUGGGAAUAAAGAACAUGGGAGAGGUGACUCGCUUCUCUCAGGCUCAACUGGGACAGCACUUUGGAGAAAAGACUGGCCAGUGGCUGUUUGACUUGUGUCGAGGGAUUGAGUUUGAAGCAGUCAAACCCAGACAGCUUCCCAAGUCUAUUGGUUGCAGUAAAAACUUCCCCGGGAAGACAUCGCUGGCUACAAAAGAGCAGGUACAGUAUUGGUUUUAUCAGCUGGCCCUUGAGCUGGAGGAAAGGCUUACCAAGGACAGAGAAGUGAAUGGUCGGGUUGCCAAGCUGUUGACGGUUGGUGUACGCCAGCUCGGGGAAAAGAGGGCAAGCAGUUUCUCUCGCUGCUGUGCUUUAGUGCGCUACGAAGCCACCAAACUAUCUGGUGACAGCUUUGCCAUUAUCAAGAGUCUAAACACAGCUGGAAACCACCAGGCAGCAUGGACUCCACCCCUCACCCUGCUACACAUCUCAGCUAGCAAAUUUAGCGACUCUCCAACAGCAGGGGGCAUUGCUGGCUUCCUUUCCAGUGAUGUGUCUUCAAGCCAGAGUCUUUUCCCCACAUCUCAGCUCCCCACCCAGACACCCUCUGAACUGAAAACUGACUCCACAGACAAACAAUCCUCCACCAUCCAUUCCCUUUUUAAAAAGGCAGCUGAGAAACAAAGACUGAAGGUUACAGAAGAUGUAGACGAGGAUAAAGGCUCCACAGAUUCUCCAUAUUCCUCCUCAAACAAAACCACUGCUGCUGAUAGUCAGUUACAGGCUGAUACCAAUGUCCCUGUUCCUUCUGUGUUUGCUCACCCUAAAAAUGAUUCAGCCAACCCCAAUUCUGGAAUUUCCUCUUUCUUCCACAAGAAGAGCCUUGAAAGGGUCUCAGCCUUAACUUUUAACAAGCCUGAAACAGGACAUGAGCCUGGACCUGACACUAAAAAUGCCUCAGAAGACACUGUUGCUGCUGUGUUAGACCUCGAGGCAAAACAUACCUCCUCUCUGCAGUCACCAUGUGAAGAGUUGAAGAAUGAAACUGAGUUUGAUCCAGAGGCUAAUCCUCAUUUCAGCGUGGCAAAAGAGGACUUGAUAAACUGUGAGCGCUGUGGCCAGGAAGUGUCUGUCUGGGAAAUGCCUGAACACAACGACUAUCACUUCGCCCUGGACCUCCAGAAGUCACUCUCUCCAUCCACGUAUUCAGCGCCAAGCUCUUCCUCUUCAUCCACUGUUUCCCCUUCCUCCAAUGCCUCCUUGACUCCUCACAGAGCCCAGUCCACACGUGGCAAGACAAAAACCAGAGGCCAGUCAGGACCACAACCGAAACGGAAUCGCUCUCAAGGUGGAAGGGCGGGCACUCUGGAUUCUUUUUUCAAGAAGAGCUAAGGAUGUGCUGUGGGGUGGCAUUUUUAAAGUGAAUAAACAGUUAAAUGUGCCUAAAAAAAUCGAAAGCCAUUUUAUAAAAAGGACACCUGUUUGAAGAUGUGCCUUAUAUUGUAAGAAUGUAUAAAUUACAGGAAGUGUUUAUUCAUGCACAUGCAUUUUACAAUUUUAAAUAAAGGAAAAUUAAUAGAUAAGGAUUACCUUUUUAAUCCAGCCUAUUAAAGUCUUUUUUUUUAACAUGAUGUAGUCGUGUACCUUGUGUUGUAGUAUUCUGAUGUGCCAGCAGAUGCCACUAAUCAGUUAGAUAUAGAGCAGGACUCCUCAAAAAACAUCAAUAUUGAGUUUUCUUGUGAGCUCAAGGGAUACAGGAAAUGUUUGUUUGAGAUGUAGAUAUUGUUUAAUUAUAUAUUUGAAAUACAUGAUUGCCAGUAGCAUGAGUCCAAUUGCACCAUUAUGCUCAGUCAUCCCAUUUUGUUUACACUUUCCUCCAACGGGUAACUCUUUAGUUCUGAAAACACAGCUGAAUGAGGGAAUUUACUCUUGCGUGUAACACAUUAAGAGCAGUGCCAGUUAAAUGAAAUAAGCUUUAAAACCCCGUUGGAUGUAGUCAUGACCUUGUCACAGGCCAGUAGAUUAAAUGCUGGGUGUAUGAUGACAUGGUUGAAAACACUGAGCAAGUUAGUUUACUAAAAACAUAACCCAACAAAACACCUG